GGAACCCGGAUCCACCCGGACGCUUUGCUGGUCCAGCAGAGCCGGCGGAGCAGGCACAGGGAAAUCGUGUGACUCUGAGGUCUUUGCAAAAUUGGAAGGGAAGUUUUAACAAAAAACCUCUGAGCACUGUAGACCAUGGAUAAAUUUGACAUGAUUAAAGUCAUUGGGGAAGGUGCCUUUGGAAAAGCAUACUUGGCUACAGAGAAAUCGGAUGGCAAGCACUGUGUCAUAAAAGAGAUCAAUUUUGCAAAGAUGUCCAUCCAAGACAAGGAAGCUUCAAAGAAAGAAGUGAUUCUUUUGGCCAAGAUGAAACAUCCCAACAUUGUAACCUUCUUCAGUUCAUUUCAAGAAAACAGCAGACUGUUUAUCAUAAUGGAAUAUUGUGAUGGAGGGGAUCUUAUGAAAAGGAUUCACAGGCAACGGGGAGUGCUAUUUACUGAAAAUCAGAUCCUGGGUUGGUUUGUACAGAUUUCUCUAGGACUAAAACAUAUUCACGACAGGAAGAUAUUACACAGGGACAUAAAAUCUCAGAACAUUUUUCUUAGCAAGAAUGGAAUGGUUGCAAAACUUGGGGACUUUGGUAUAGCAAGAGUCCUAAACAAUUCUAUGGAACUUGCUCGAACUUGUGUCGGAACACCUUACUACCUGUCUCCAGAGAUCUGUCAGAAUAAACCAUACAACAAUAAAACGGAUAUUUGGAGUCUUGGCUGUGUCUUAUAUGAACUCUGCACACUCAAGCAUCCAUUCGAGGGCAGCAACUUGCACCAGCUGGUACUGAAGAUUUGCCAAGCGCAUUUCGCCCCCAUAUCGCCCAGGUUUUCUCAUGACCUACGGUCCUUAAUACCUCAGCUCUUUAAAGUUUCUCCUCGGGAUCGACCAUCUAUUAAUUCCAUUUUGAAAAGACCCUUCUUAGAGACUCGGAUUGCCAGAUACUUGACUCCUGAGGUCAUUCAGGAAGAAUUCAAUCUUACGCCCAGAUGCAGAGCAAGAGCAUCAGCCUCCCCACCUGCUGGGCAGAUGGUCCAGGAUUCUAAAAUACAGAGAGUGAAAUUCCAGGGAAAGUUUCCUCCAAGAUCAAGGAUAUCAGUGCCAAAGGAAAGGAAGGAUGUAUUACCUGGAAACAAAUGGAGACCGCCAGCUGGCACCCAGAAACCCACAUCUAUAAAAAUGAUAGAAAGGCCCCAAUUUGCUGCAGUUUGUGGACAUUAUGAUUUUUAUUAUGCACAACUUGACUUGUUGAGGAAGAGAGCUGGUGAACCAAGUUAUCACUAUGUUCUUCAGAAAGACUCUGGAACUGAGGAGAAUUCUUAUCAAGAAGAAAGUCACAGUCCGUCACCUGCUCAAUGGCCUGCUGAGUAUCUUCAAAGGAAAUUAGAAGCUCAACAGUAUAAGUUAAAAGUGGAAAAGCAAUUGGGUCUUCGUCCAUCUUCUGCUGAGCCAAAUUACAACCAGAGACAAGAGCUAAGAAGUCAUGGGGAAAAGCCUAGAUUCCAGGAGCUGCAGUUUAGAAAAAAUGAAAUGAAGGACCAGGAAUAUUGGAAACAGUUAGAGGAAAUACGCCAACAAUACCACAGCGACAUGAAGGAAAUUAGAAGGAAGAUGGGAAGAGAGCAGGAGGAGAACUCAAAAGUCAGUCAUCAGACCUAUUUGGUGAAGAAGAAUGACCUGCCCUUCCACCAAGAAGCACCUGAGGAGGAAGUGUCUGCACAGGACAUUGAAAGAGACUUGAAACAAAUGAGACUUCAGAACAUAAAGGGAAGUAAAAUUCCCGAACAGAAAUAUAAAGCUAAGAGAGGAGUGAGGUUUGAAAUUAAUUUAGACAAAUGUAUUUCUGAUGAAAAUCCCCUCCAAGAUAAAGAGGCAAUGGAUAUACUCAAUGAAACUUUGACCUUUGAGGAAGGCAUGAAGUUUAAGGAACAUGAACAUCUAAAGGAGCACGAGGAUUACACAGACAAAGCCUUUGAAGAACUCUGUGGCCCAGAAGCAGAGUUUUUCAUUCCGAAUGUUGUUGCCACAGAAAACAGGAGGCAAUGGGACACCAGAGUGCCUCAGACUCUAAUGCAUAUGAUGGCAGCCACUGACAUUACUUCCACCUGUUCUACUGUGCCUGACGAUGGCCAAGUUAUUGUGACUGAAGGCGUUCCAGAAAAUAGGAAGCAGUGGCCGCAGGAAGCACCAGGAGCUUUAAUGGGUGCUUUGGCAGCAGCAUCUCUUACAAGCAGCUCAUUUUCUGCCAGGGAAGGAGAGCCUGUAGAAGGAACAUUCAAACAAUGGCUUCCUAAAGAAGAGAGUAAGGUGGAAAUGUCCUCUGGCAUUGAAGUAGAUGAGGAACAACUGGAAUCAGGUUCUGAUGAUGAUACAAAUUUUGAAGAAUCUGAAGAUGAGUUGAGAAAUGAAGUAGUAGAAUCCCUAGAAAAACUCACUACUUCCAAAGAAGAGGGAAGGGAAGAGGUUUCCAGUUCCUUGAAGGAUGUUGAAAAACCAGGAGAAAGAGAAAGGAUUAGCAGGCUGAAAUCUGAAGAAUUAAAUGAAGGUUUGGAGGCAGUUUCUAGUCCAUCUAAUGACCAAAUCUGUAUUACUGAUGAAGACAAAGAAAUAGCAAAAGUCAGUCAAAAUAUACAAGUGUGAUUAUUGUAUUUUUUUCUUUUUUUUGUGCUGUGGGGAUUGAUGUCCUUUUCCUUAAAUAAUAAAAUAGCAUCUAUUUGCUAUAGUA